AUGGAUCUCUGGCGAAAGUUACAGGGCAGCAGACCACAGACGCCAGUGAGCGCUACACCCUUCACGCCCGUGUUCGAAGACACCGACGAAGCCCGAAACACUUCCAAACCCUCUGAUUUUUCGGAGCCUUGGAGUGAAGAUGCACCGCCCAUCUUCCCACCCUACGUGGAUCCGUUAGAGGCGUUGCAGGCUGUUCGAUUACACAUGGUGAACUCUUGUCAGCCGAUACCACUAGAGCACUACAAUGGCCUUUUCCGCAUUUUCGAAGACUACAGAAAAGCCCGAGAACAGAAGGAGCGUAUUGGUAACUUGAUGGAGGUUACACUUCAAGAUUGGGAGAAGGCAGAGGAGCAGUGGAGACUUGCAGAAAACCGCUAUGUGUCAGAGAUACGUCGGCUUGAGCUUCUCAUAGUCCGCGGCACUGGUGCGCUCCUCCAUCGGCCAGCGUCACCAUCCGGCAAGAUGAUCAUACUUUCCAAACAUCUAGCAGAUAAUAAGGAAUUGCCAGUGGGUGCUCCCUCUGAGCUAAACAAGACAAUGUUGUCGCGCAAGGUUCAGAGCGAACUCAACCUGACUAGUAUGCGUAAUGGCAUGCCCUCGAUUACCAGUUCUGUCACUUCUGGUUUCUCCGGUGGCUCUGGAGACCCUUUGCCCGAUGAGGCAGGAGCUCCUGAUCAAACGCACAUGGAUCCGUCUAUUGAAUGCGACGCCCUCGUAGCUCUCCCGAUUCCGACGACUCAGCCGCCCCACUUCUAG